CAGAUAGAAACCGUAACUUAGAAGUUAUCUCGAAAUCAGCAUUAAGGUUGCGCAUGCGAGGAGAUUAUGACAAAAUUGCACAGGACUUAUUUGAUUUAUCGCCAAUAUUCUUGAGACCGUCAACAUUACAGUAAGCAUGCGUGACCUGGUAGCCCAAGUCACCAGCAGCUUGCUGCGCUUCUCGGAAGUGACGGUCGAUGCUCUAGGAGAGGAUGAAGUUACUCUUGACUCCGUGCUGCAUGGAAAGUUCACUAUUGGGCGAAGUGGACUGGCUUGGCUGGCUUGUGGGCCCCAGCUGGAGGUUGUCCAUGCAGUCACAGGUGAGAGAUUCUCUGCCUACUGUUUCAGUGGAGUUACUGAACACCCACCCACGGUUCUGGCUGUACGGGAUUUCUCCUGGCUGAAACGGACGGGCCUGCUAGUGGGCUUGGAAGAGGCGGAAGGCAGCAUCCUAUGUCUCUACGACCUUGGCAUUUCUCGUGUUGUCAAAGCAGUGGUCGUACCAGGCAGGAUUACAGCCAUUGAGCCCCUUGUGAGCUAUGGAGGUGCCAGUACAAGUACACAGCACUUGCACCAGAGUCUACGCUGGUUCUUUGGCGUGGCUGCUGUGGUUACGGAUGUUGGACACGUCCUAUUGGUGGAUCUCUGUCUGGAUGACCUGUCAUGUAGUCAGAGUGAACUGGAGGCUUCAGAUCUGGAGGUGGUAAAUAAAGCACCAUCAGAGAUUCCUCGUCUGCGUGAGAGCGUGACCCGACAAGGUCGGCACCUGUGUCUCCAGCUUAGCAGCCCCACGGGCACCGGGGUCACUGCCCUGCAGUACAUCCAGCGAACGAAUCAGCUCGCUGUGGGCUUCUCUGACGGAUACCUGCAGCUCUGGAACAUGAAGACGCUGAAGAAGGAGUAUCAUUCACAGCUAGAGGGCGGUAGGGUGCCUGUGUAUGCUUUUACGUUCCAAGAGCCUGAGAAUGACCCCCGGAACUGCUGUUACCUGUGGGCAGUGCAGUCUGCUCAGGACCUCGAAGGGGAUGUUGUCAGCCUCCAUUUGCUCCAGCUGGCCUUUGGAGAGAGAAAGUGUCAGGCGUCUGGAAAGAUUCUCUAUGAGGGCUUAGAAUACUGUGAGGAACGCUACAGUCAGGACCUGAAUGGAGCAGCAUUUCCUCUCAGAGCUCAAGCCACCAACACUCGUCUACUGAGCUGUCAGACCAUCGAGAAGUUUCGCCACCAUCCUGACCGUGACGACACCAUGAACGAGGUGGCGUCCCCUGACACGAGCGUGUCAAUAUUCAGCUGGCAAGUUAAGUCUUACGGACAAGGCCAACCAUCCACUUUCAUCGGAGUCUUUGAUAUUAACAGAUGGUACCAUGCCCAAAUGCCUGAUUCGCUGAGAGCUGGAGAGUCUUUGCGUAACUGUCCGUACCUGGCCGUGUGGUCUCUGGACUCGAUGGUGGAGAUGACAGCACCGUGCACCCUGCUGGAUGUUUUGGUACACGAACGCAGCCUGAGCAGGGGUCUACCAUAUACUUGUCCUCCACCCGAACAGUUUUUUAAUCCCACCACCUAUAACUUUGAUGCAAGCUGUUUGCUGAACUCUGGGGUUGUGCACUUGACCUGUUCUGGUUAUCAGAAAGAGACUCUCAGCUAUCUGAAAAAGGCUGCACCUUCUUUGGGUGACUCCAUCUCAAAUAGCUACUCCCGCUGUCUAAUGUCUGGCCUGCUGUCCUCAAGACUAGCGGAUGUACAGCCCUCCAGUCUCAGUCAGGAAGAACAGCUCGAUGCCAUCUUGUCCACAGCAGUGGAGACCAGCUCACUUGGACUCAUCACUGGCUGUAUUAAACAGUGGACUGCUGAAGAGCAACCAGGUUCGGCAGGGAACCUGCGCUACAUCCUGGAGUGGGCCUGGGACAAAGUGGUUCACACUAAGGAGGAGCUGGAUGGCAUAUGUGCCCCUCUCUUUGACAGCUCCACAAACUUCACAGACCCUCAGACCAUGCAGCUGCUGCAGCACAGUCAGCGUCUGCUAAGCAACCUCAGCACCAUCUUCAGAUGUCUUCUCAACGAAGCCCAUGAGCUCACGCAGAAAGGGUUGGUAGGACUAAUUAAUAAAAACAUGGUGUCUAGUUUGAUCUCGCAGUACGCUCAGGUCGUUCUGUGGUUUUGCCGGACUGGACUUCUCCCAGAGGGCUCUGAUGACGACGUCCUGCAAAUAUCCAGGCCCUUUUACAGUUACUCUGUAAUAAAAAACUAUUAUGCCGGACAGCGAGAGGAGCUCCAGAGACUUGCAAAGGGCAAGUGGAGUUCCGACUGCCUCAUGAUUGACGGGAUGGUGGCCCAGUGUGGGGAACGCCUCUCAGACCUGUGGAAAAGGGACGAGGGUGGGACAGGGCAAUACCCGCCCCCAUCGUUACAUGCCUUGCUGGACAUUUACCUCCUGGAAAACAUUGAUGAACCUGCCAAACACGCUAUUGUUAUUUAUUUGUUGCUGGAUGUCAUGUACUCAUUUCCUAAUAAAAGUGGAGCGUCGGUGGAGUCCUUCCCCACUGCCUUUGCCAUUCCCAUCGGCUUAGUUAAGCUGGUGCAAGGACUGUGGUUAUUGGAUCACCAUGACCAUGAGAACUCCAUAGAACUGCUGCUACACCCUGCCACCAGUCAUUCUAUGUGGUCUUGGCUGCAUGGACGGAUCUUGCAGGCUCUGAUGUGUCAGGGCCAGCACAGCAUCGCCCUGCGUUACCUGCACGUCAUGAAGCCUCCUAUGAGCACCGCCAAUCAGGCCAAGCUCUGCCUCUCAGUUCUCCUACACAACAGGUGUAUCGUGGAGGCUUGGGCUUUGCUGAGACAGCAUUCCAACAAGCUAAACAUGGAGGAGCUGUUGAGGUUCCUGUAUGAGACUUGUCAGGAGCUGGGCCUCAUGAAGGAACUACUCAAACUGCCCCUCAGACUGGCCGAGCAGGAAUGUUUGGAGCGCUACCUGCAGGGCACCGGUGGUCUACAGAAUAGAGAACUGCUCAUGGUGCACUACCUCCAGCAGGCUAAUUAUGUCCCUGCUCUCCAACUCAACCAGGCUCUGAAACUGGACUUGGCGAUCGAUCGAGAUCCCAAAAUGAAAGAGAGGUCAAACACCAGAAACUCCAUUUUAAACCAGUAUGGGAAAGUCCUCCCUCGAGCUCAGCGAAAACUAGCCAUAGAGAGAGCAAAGCCAUAUCACCAUCCCUCCACCAUUUUCCGAGAAGUUACAAGACCUCAGCCUCUGUCAACGGUAGCCAAGCGGUCAGCCACUGAGAAUGUGUUGACCAGAGCAGGCUUCAUCAACAAUGUCCUCUCAAAGAUAGAGGAGGUGUGGAUUGGCAAGGACAUCACACCUGAGUCCUCUCCACUAAGAAGUCCAAGAGAACCAGACAUUCAAGUGCCUAGCCCACCUCAGCCUUCAUUGUUACCUGAGGCCUUUGUGGGAACUCCCAUCACAAAGACCAGUAAGAGGAUGUCAAGAAUUUUCGACCUGGUGGUGCAGCCGGCUUCCCAGAAUUCCCCCGAGAGUUCUCGUUUUCUAGGGACUCCACCUAAGCCCAUAAGUUCUUGGGCUGCACCGAAGAGCAUUAGCAAGGCCCCUGAGCUCAGUCUGCUACAGACCCCACAAGUGGUCAAGAGAGCUCGAGCCUUAGCUGCAUCUGGCCCUGUGUUCUCCGGCUUUACCCCCCAGUCUAUCCUGAGGAGUAGCCUCCGGCCCACUCCCGUUGCCACGCCCUCUCACUCACCUGGCCGUUCUGUUACUCCUCCACUCCGCCCCAAGGAGAGCCGCAUCACCUUCGUUGAGGAGGGAGAUUCUCCUGACCCUCCUAAGGGCUCAAUCCAUUGGAGUAAUGGGAUUGCUGCUGACAAUGAGAUCAGCCGCAUUUCAAGAUCCUCCACGCCACCUAAAAUCAGAGUUGGAGCUUGGAGUGCCCAUUCUGAGGACGAGGAAGAGGAUGAGGAAGAACCACAUGUGAGUUUUGGCCAGAAGUCUUCACUAGGAGAGAAGGCUGAAUCUGAGAGUGGUUCAUCUGUCAGAGAAGUACCAUCGAAUGAUACUGCGGAAGUCCUCCCAUUGGGUGUGGGACCUAACCUUGGCCAUGAGGCAGAUUUGACUUCCUUACAGACUUCAGACACUACCUUAGAGUCCCACGAUGCCAUGUCCUCUGAAGAUCGAAUGGAAGAGGAUCAGCUGGUGCUGCGACAGGAGGAGAUAGUGGAUGAGGAGAUCGUGAUCGUGAGGCGGGUAAAGACUCCUGCUGAAGCUCUAUCUCAAUCAGAAGCCGACGUGACAGAGGAGGAAUUGCCUGAAGUUUCUGAGCCUGUGGAAAAGGUGGAGCAGGAUGUAGAUCAGGAAAUGAAGACAGAGAAGGAACAGAAUGAACAAACAACUUGUGAGGAAACUCCAGAACGUGAGAUGGAGGUUGAAGCUCACCAUGUUGAUGAGGCGAGAGAAGAGAAGAACAACAAAGUUUUAGAUGAACCAAAUAAAGGUGAGGACGUACUUGUAGUUGAGGAACCAGAACCUGUACCACAAGUGAUGAAGGAACCAGUCAGUGAAGCAGUUAACUAUGACUCUGAAACUGUUAAAGAGGCCGAUAAUGAGGAACAAGUAGUUGUAACCAAGGAAACAGAAGACAGUCAAUCAGAAGAAGUUACCAAGGCAUCAGAGAACAAUCAGUCAGAAGAGGUAACUGAGGAACCAGAGAACAAUCAGUCAGAAGAAGUAAGAAAAGAACUAGAGAACAGUCCAUCAGAAGAGGUAACCCAGGAACUAGAGAACAGUCCAUCAGAAGAGGUAACCCAGGAACCAGAGAACAGUUCAUCAGAAGUAACCAAGGAACCAGAGAGCAAGCAGUCAGAGGAAAUGGUGCCAAACCAUGAGCCUGAGGCUGUGGAAGAAUCUCAGCAUUACAAAGUUGAUGAAGCUGAAGUACCUGUGGAAGAGAGGGAUGAAGAGGAAUGUAUGGAGCACACAGAUUUGGAUGGCUUUGUAGAGCGUCAUCUGUUUGGCAAUGAUCUUUCCCCACCUUUGACUCACUCUGCACUUAAGGAGACACCUGAGGAGUGGACCUCCUUCAACAGCGAGGGAGAGUGUAAUGUGGAGGAGGAACCUCUGAGAGAUGUUCCAGUGCUGACCACACAGAAAUCGGUCGCUUCAGCAUCCUCUGAACCUGAAACUUCUGAAUCCCAUUCUGUGGUGAGCCUAAACGACAGCGACGAGUUCUCCAGUGCUGCAUCUGAGGAAGAGUCGGAUGCAGAAAAGGAGGACUCGGGCAGCGAGGUUGAGAUAAUCCAGGAGGUGAAGGGUAAUGGCAGACAACAGCCACAUACCCGACUUUACAUGGAGGAGAUCCCGCCACACGAACAGUACCUUCAAGAACAAGCCACAGCUGUCCUGUCAUUGGUCACGCCAGAGACUCAGCUGACCCAGGUCAUGGAUGCGGUAAUUGAAGAGGAGGCAGAGGUGGUCAUGCUUGGGGUGGAUCCUGGGAACAUGGAAGGGGAUGAUGCUGUCCGUUACACUGAGCUGAAACCAUCAACCACUGUCCUGGUUCCUGUGGAGCUGGCUGAUAACCAACAGCAUGAUCUGGUCGAUAGUGGAGUUUUGCAUAACUUUGACAGGCAAUCAGAUGAUGAACCCAUUCCUGGAAGUUCUGGUGGUUUUACUCUCAUGCUAGAGGCUGAGGAUGAUAAUGACAUACCAAUUGGAUCAGAACUGGACCCUCAUAAUCACUUGCUGCUCAUGAAACCUACUCAGGACAUUCAGCAGCCAGAGGACGUGGAGAAUGUACCAGUAACAAAUUCAGAGGUCCUUUAUUUGGACCAUGCUACCGAGGAACAUCAAGAGAAAUUAGACCAAAUGGAGUGUGUACCACCCGAGAUUGUGUCCAUGGACACGGACGUGCUGCCAAGCUCAUGUCUGACUCAUGCAGUAGAGCAUCCUGAACCACCUGCAGCGACUGAGAAGAUAGAUGCACAGCCGACUAAAAACCAAAUGGCAGAGGUUGAUGAUGAGGACACCGGUCUGGAUUCGAAUGAAGGUCAGGCCAAUGGUGAAUUAAACGUUGUGGGACAGAAUGUGAUGGAAGCUAAUGUCCAAAAUGAUAAUAUCAAAAUCAAAAAAGUAGAUGCUCAAAAAGAGGAGUUUGCUGUAAAACCUUUGCCAAGGGAAAUUGAGGAACUGGUGCAUAUUGAUGCAGAUAAUUCAGAUGACCGGGUACUUGAUAGGAAGACCAAUCAAGUUGAGGAGCGUGAAACCUCUCAGAAUGCUGACAGUGAUGAGCCUUCGGUAGCCAUUGAAGAGGCUGAGACUGAGGAAGCAAAGGAAGUUGAAACCGUUGAGAACUUGAAGGAAGUACCACCUAUCUCAACAAGAAAGGCUGCCAGUGGAAGGAAAACGGUGACUUUUCCUUCUCCUGUCAACGAAGUGGAGAAAGAGGUCUCAGAUGAGGAACAGAUUGAUUCUCAAGUGCCCUCCACACCAAGACGUUCCACUAGGAGUGGCAAACAGCUUCACGACUCCAAAGUCCCAACGACACCUAGAAGAAGUGUAAGGAAAGCAGAUCCUACCUUACCAAAGGACGAGGAGGACUCCUCAUCGAACGUCUCAAAGCCUUCGGUCCCUGCACGGAGAACGCCCCAGAAGUCUACACCUAGGAAGGGAUCUCGGAGAACCAGGAACACUAACGUGGACAGUGAUGAAGGUCAAACUGUGGAUGAGACACUGCCCAAUGAAGAGCCCACGCUUCCUGUCAGGCGAAGUACAAGGAAAGCACAGACAGUCAGCAAUGAAGUUCCUGACGACAAACCAACAGAGCUGCCAGCUAAAGCACCUGCUAGUCCAAGUAGGGUAACAAGGAAAUCCACCAGAGGGCUCAGCCUAGCGCUGGAAAGUCCUCAGCAGAAUGCGGAAGAAGAAUCCAUGGCUGUCAGCCAGCCAGCUGCUACCCCACCAAGGAGCACAAGAAAGACUAGAAGUAGCACUGCAGAAAAACGCAAAAAUGCGACUUUGUUGGUUGAUGACCCGCAGCUCCAGCGCGUCUCUCGUCGGGUGACCAGGAGUCGGCUCUGGAGUCACUCCGAAGACUCUGAAAAGGAGAGGGAGGAUCGCCCGCUUUUGGAGACUCCCUUGGAAGUGGGACCUGGAACACAGUUUGCUGACGCUUUGAUGGAGAGACUCAAAGAUGAGGAGGCCCAAGAGGAGAGCGCAGACACUGUGGUAACUCAAAUAGUUCGCGCCAAAAGAAGGACCACCAGGUCUACAGAGCAAGAGGUUCCGUCACAGUCCACCUCCGUGGUUCACGAUCAGAGUAUAGACUUGGAGUCUUCAAGGAUGAUUGUGGAGGACGAACCCAAGAGGUCAUCCAGAUCGCCUAGCCGGAGGACACGGGCUAGUAAAGCACCUGCUCUCGACUCCUCUCCUGUGAUGGACUCGUUCACUUUUACAGCGCCCCUGAAGGCGACACGAGGAAGGAAAAAAGUUUCUGCAGAAGAGAGCGACGUUGCUGUGCCUGAGGUUUUGUCUCCUCCUGUCACUCGAACACGGCAAACGUCAAGCGCUCAGUCCAGCGAGGAAAAGAAUACAGGGGAUGAAGACACCAAAGAGUCUGAAACAGCUAAACCGAGAAGGAACAAAACAACAAAAACAAAAGCAGCCCCUGAGCCUCCUCCCCCAGUGGAGGUCGAUUUGCUCUCCCCGCUGGCUAGUCCGGCCGAGCCAGCUCCCAGGACCCGAAAGAAGGUUGAGGAGAAGGAGACUCCCUCGCUGAGGAUGAACCUUCGCCGAAAACGUGUGAUGGACUCCAUUUUCCCCAAACCCGUCACUCGGAGGAAGAAGCUCUGACGUGGCUGCACAAGCCCCAUUUCUCUUUCAGGACUCAACCAAUUAUGACUGAUCUCCUCACGCACCAAGGAGCUUGUUUUCGUUUUUAUUUUUGGUUUUGUUUUCUUUUCUCUUUUUCUAAGAACUUUGCUGCCUGCUGUUUUCUAGUUGAAAUAACCAGUGGGGUUUUUUGGAAUAAAUAAACCAGUCUAAUUUGGGAGAUGGAAAUAAUUUUAUAUAAAUUAUUGUAAUGUUUACAGUAAGGAGCACUGAGGGACUUGAGCACCAAAAAACGAGAUGGCUUAGUUUUUAAAUGUGCAUUUCUACAACUUGACGCAAAUGUAAAUAGUCUUUUAGGUAU